AUGGACCCCUCGCAAAGCGCCACCUCCCUUCCCCCGGAAGCAAUCGCCCUCGCAGGACGAAUGUACGACGCCGCGCGGAAAGGUGACGUCGCCAUCUUUCAGCAGGCCUUACCGGCUGGUUUGCCGGCGAACAUGACGAAUGAGAAGGGGGAUACAUUGCUCAUGCUCGCCGCGUACCACGGACACGCGGAUCUGGUGAAGUUGCUCAUCCAGCACGGGGCUGAUGCGAAUCGGUUGAAUGAUCGGGGGCAGAGCCCGCUUGCUGGGGCGGUGUUUAAGCAAGAAGACAAAGUUAUUGAGGUUCUACUCGAGGGUGGCGCCGAUCCUGACUUUGGUGCUCCGAGCGCUUUGCAGUGUGUUGCUAUGUUUAAGCAGGAGGAAAAGUGGCAGGCUAAAUUUGAAUCGGCGCCCGGUCGGGGAAAGGCUGUGCCAGAACCAUGA